GUCUAUGGUAUAGUUCGCUAAAGCGGAGCUGGAUUUCGUGUCUUUGGUAUAAUGGUCAAAUUCAGCUGGAGUUUGGGAGCAGACAAAGUUGUUUCACUGGGAUAGAUAGCCGAGUAGAUUUCCUGCUCUCAACAUCUGACGUAUCUGCAUCAUGGAAACAGAGUGCUCGAAGAGAGUGUACCAGGGAGUCAGGGUGAAGCACACGGUGAAAGAUCUGCUGGCAGAAAAGAGGUCACGGCAGACGAGCGGGCCACGUUACGCUGGUGUCUCGUCUCCUCCGAGUCCGUUUGUUCAAAUGACUGGUUCUCACAUGCUUCCGAGUUACUACGGCAUGAGGAGGCCUUUCAUUUCGGACACGGAGUUUUGUUCCUCGACUAAACCGUUUUCGGCUGACGUCUACCCCUCGGCGCUAACGGGAAAGUCUCUGUCGUGCGAAAGCGGAUGCGUGUCUGGAUACUCCUCGCUCAUCGACAGCUACUACCCGGAGACUUUUGGAGACUACCGAAGCACUCCUUUCUCCGGCGGAGGGAGCACAAUAUUCUCGCCCUCUGCGUUGUCUUCUUUGCUCCCUUCUUACUCCGGUGACCCUUCACAUUAUUUGCUGGUAAGAUGUGGCACACGAGGUGGCACGGAAAAAACAAACAAACACGUCAGCGCUGUUGAAGUGUAG